CCGGAACAUAUUCCGGAAAGAGCUGUAUGAAAUGCACUAUUCGAUUAUUUUGAACAUGUCAACACCUUUUAAUACGCAAACAGUUCACUUGCAUUGCCAUAUAAAUAGCUAGAGCAAGCGCUCGAGGAAAGACUCUUUCGCAUAACAGCGUUACGAAAACCCAUCUGUUCCAGGGGUGGAUACGCUUAAACUAAUCUUCCAAAAACGGUCGUACGAGCUGAUAUUAAAUUUUGGAAAACGAAGAUGAAAAAACUUGUCGUAAUUAUAAUGUGCAUAGCUCACAUGAAUUGUGCAAGACAAUCUUCGGGAAUACCGACUAAACAAACGAGAGAGACAAGAACGUUACAGCCAAUCUUUAUAAAUGAGCAAGUUGGGUCGGCAGUGACGCUGCAUUGUCCAGUUCGAGCAUCCAUUGCCAAAAUGUACCAGUAUCUUAGACGAAUUAAAUCUGGAAGGGCUUUAGAUUACAGCCGGCGAAAAAUGGUAUCGUUACUCGGCCUGAGGUAUAGGUGGUUCAAGGAUGGUAAAAGAAUAAAACAUCCUCGUUCUGCUUGGUUCAUGAAAUUUCACGAAGUGAAACUUCGUGACACAGGAGUAUACACUUGUAAGGUUCUCAUGGCUAAGCAAGAAAGAAGUAGAAGCUUUUUUUUGAAAGUGUUUCACAAAUUAAGAUAUGGCCGACCGGUUGUCGAGUCCAGCACAAAGAACGUUUCCCUGAGAGUGGGGGAGAGCGCGACAUUACGAUGUGUUGGCAAAAACACACGGCAUCGACCACAAAUCAGCUGGGUGAAGUUAAACACACCAAACAACGAAAACAGAAUUCGAGGAAUUCAGAUGAAACACAAUGACAUGAAGUCGAACGACUUUCUUCGUCAGGGAAAGGGCUUCAAAAUUGUUUUUCCGAAGCAAAGGACUUCCAGAACCCACUCAUCAAUACAAACGAGAACGCGGCACGAAAAAAAUGGCGAUACGUACGUGUUUCAUCUGACACUAGACAAUCUGAAGGAGGAAAACUCAGGAGUAUACGUGUGUAUUUUGAAGAACAAAUAUGGCAGAAGUUAUGCGAGUGCAUCAGUAAAAGUUAAAUCUUCUGAAGGUGCAGCACCCUAUCCCAUCAAUGAAAAACUGCGCAGGAAUUUCAUGGCAACACCGACACAUAACACAAUACGACUCAGAUGCCAUGCGACGGGAGCCAGCCCGCUGACAUUUCAAUGGUUCAAAGAUGGCAAGAAAUUUAAACGCAGACUGCUGGGUGAAAAAGUCAACUCCACGACACCCAUUUUACGUAUCCGAAAUAUACUUAUUUCCGAUUCGGGAGUGUACAUGUGUCGUGUAUCAAAUAGAUAUGGUGUAUACGAGCAUAAGAUCACGCUGAAAGUACUACAGCGCGUACCAUCAGGACCAAUACUUCUGGACAGCUAUCCUAAGAACGUUACAGCUACAUUAGGAAAGACUGCAUCAUUACAGUGUAUCGAACUGAUAAGCAAUCCAAUGCCAGAUUACAGAUGGUACAAAUGGCAUUUGGUGCCUUCGACAUAUCCAUUAUUGGAUUUCAGCAACAGUUCGCUGUUCACCGUUAUUUCUCCUAUUCACUACACACCGAUGCAGGUGAAAAUUGGAACGAGCAGUCGCUACGGUGGAAAAUUGACGAUAAAAAACGUCACCGAAGAUGAUCUCGGAUUGUACUCGUGCGUUCUUCGGAAUCAAUUCGGUAUGGAUUAUGGAAGCGCGUUUUUAAGUGCAAAUAAAAAUGGUCCAAAAUUUGAUUCCAAUGUUCAACACUUGUCUGUUAUCGAAAUACCACACACUGGGCCAUUAAAGCUGGACUGCAAGGCAACAGGUGACCCAAAGCCAUUAGUGAAUUGGUUUAAGAAUGGCAAGAGACUUAAGCAAUCCGAUAGAAUGAUUCUUUCGAAUUAUUGGUUGGUGCUUAACAAUCUUAGACCCCAGGACUCGGGAAAUUACACAUGUAGUGUGCGCAACAUUUGGGGAUUAGUUAAUCGAACGUUUGACGUUAGGAUCAGAGAAUGGCUUUUCACAAGACCAAUCAUCGUCCCUUUGCAAGAAAAAUCGUUACAACUCGGACAAAGACAUGAAGUGAACUGUACGAUUAUUUCUGAAAAAGCGAUCACCGCGAGCAUUUCACGGAGCCUGGGACCUAAUCAUCGAAACCAAGAAAUUCUAACACAGAAAGCGAGGCUGACUAAACUUGAUAGGAACGUCUACAGAUUAAGUUUCACUAUAGAAAACCGACCAUUAAUGAUACUGGUUUAUACACAUGUGAAGCUCGAAACGCAAUUGGUAUAUCACAAAGAAAAUUUAAAAUUCGGGUGGGAGCAUGAAAGAUGCUUCUAUAAUCAUGUGAACAGUCGAAUACGUCAUGUAGGUGUUUCUUAGAAGAAGCGCUGAAUAAGUAGACGGAACGAACUCUUGGAGAAAACUUUUUGAAAUAUAGUUUACAAUAUAAGUAAUUUGUAAAUAAGUGUUUAUACAUAUAUAUAAACGAUUGAGCUACAGAAUUCUGAAUGUUUUUGUACUCUCUACUUAUUAUUUGAGUCAGGUUUGGAUGAAAUCGUAAUAUUUUAGAAGUAUUUAUGCCAAAAGUCGAACUGACUUAUUUGUUGUUGUAGUUUGACUAAGUCCUUGGUAAGUUUCAAAGUUUCUACCCAAGUGUGCAAGGCCACUUAUAUUAAUGCUGUAAUAUGAUUGGUUUCUCUAGUCCCCUGAUACAAAUACUGUAGUUUGAUUGGUUUAUCCAUGAGUUCUUUAACGAAUGGAAAGUGACAAAGUCACUUUCUCAUUUCUUUUUCGAGUAAUGUAAAUAAUGUCGACCAGUUCAUAAUAAAAUUCAAAUAUUUUUUCUUAGAUCAUAUAAACCAAAA